AUGACUUCCGGAACCCACAGCCGGCUAGAUCUUGUCUAUAUCAAGAACGGCGGGAGGACCAAGACGCCAGCAGACGGGAAUCAACGCUAUUGGCUAUACGACGAGUAUGCACUUUCUAAGCUUGGCAUAGAGCUGGUUGACGUGUUUCCUCGCGAGAAUUGGGACAGAGACCAAGCCUCGUUGAUUUCAAGACUUGAAUCCGAUGAGGAUUCCCGAUUUCGCCACAACACCGGAAACCUUCUACCUGCUGAUUUCGUCCUGGAAUUCGAGUUUGAGGUUCGCCGGAAUCGCGUUGAGGCGCAGUGCAGUAUUAUGAAGUGUCAGAGAAGCACUGGACUCGAAGCUGUGGCCAAAAUGUUCGAAUGUAUGAAGAAUAGAGUAUCCGGAAACAGGGAAGCCGGGAAUGGGUCACUCAAGUUGCGAGUGACAUGGCAGCCUGUCGCGCGGCAGCCAAUGUUCAUCCUCAGACUAGAAGAAAUACUCUACCUGCGGUGUGAAUCUACCGAUGCAACACUUGAGUUGGAGAGAUUAGACCUGAUGAUGGAAUUUGUUGGGACUCUUGAGGCUGAAGGGUUGAGUGUUGCUGAAGAGGAAAAGAGAUGGACCGAUGUACAGAAGAGAUGGAAUAAUUUCCGGCGUGUCAAUGGCGGUGAAGACGGUUACAAGCUUGAAAAGUCGCAUAACCGUUCCCCCUUUCAGUGGGCUGUUGAGAAUGGCUAUAUCGAGAUGAGUCGACUGCUUCUCGUCAAGACUGGCUUUGUGACAAUCGCUGGCAACGAUUCAUGGACGCCAUUGAUUGCGGCAUCGCGCAAGGGGUAUAUCGACAUGAUAAAGCAACUUCUCGCCAGCAAAACGAUUCAGGGCGUUGAUCUAGAAGCGAAGGAUCCCGCAACCGGCCAAACUGUGCUGUUAUGGGCCGCUGAGAAAGGCUAUACGGCCAUCGUACAGCUAUUGGUAGAGAAGGGCGCCAACAUUGAGGCAAGAGGUGCUCCUUGGCCAAUGCCAUGGUCAAGGACGGCAUUGGCAAGGGCUGCCGAGAAAGGCCAUGCGGCUAUCGUGCAGCUACUGUUAGAGGAGGGCGCCUACAUGCCUCUGACAGACGAGGAAGACCUACUGUUCUGGGCUGUGAAAAAUGGGCACGAUUCUAUUCGGCUGCUUCUGCAGGAACGUGCCGCUCCCAAGAGCAAAGGUCUUACCUGGGCGAUGGCUCUACCAUACGCCGCGGGGAUAGGGAAAAAGCUUAGGGCCAGAACCGAGGAGCCAAAAGAUAGUGAGAAUUAA